AUGCAUGAAAGGGUUAUAUUGUUGAAGAAUAAAACACGACCUAAAGACGCAUAUUGUAAUUAUCUGAAUGAAUACAAUUAUGAACCAGUCUUCGUCCCUUUGAUUAAGCAUUCGUAUAUUCCAUCAGAAGCUAUAACGUUGUUGACAGAUGACAAUUAUUUUAAUCAAGUAGAUUCUUUAAUUUUGACCUCGCAAAGAGCUGUUGAGUGUUUAGAAGAAUCUAUUAUACCAUCAUUGUCACAAAUUCAAAAAAAAAAAUUGUUAAAAAAAACAGUGUAUACAGUAGGACCUGCAACAGAAGAUUUCAUUAAAAGAGUUGGAUUUACCAAUGUUAAAGGCGGUAUCAAUGCUGGAAAUGGUUCAGUUUUAGCAGACAUUAUUAUAAAUGAUUUAAAAACAUUAAAAAGUGGUAAAUUUUCAAACUUUUUGUUCUUUGUAGGGGAAGUUAGAAAAGAUAUUAUACCUAAAAAAUUGGCAUUGCAUAAAGAUUUGAUUCAAUUGAAGGAGCUUAUUAUUUAUAAAACAGAAGAGCUGGAUGGUGUCCUAGAAAAUUUCGAACGAGAAAUAUAUGAUUCAAAAUAUGUAGUUUUUUUUAGCCCUCAAGGUACAAAAAAACUAUUACCCUUUGUCAAGGAAAAUCAUGGAGCGUUUAAAGUUAUUACUAUUGGACCAACGACAAAGGACUAUUUAAUAUCAAAUGGCAUAAAUGUUGACAUGGUUUGUGAGAAGCCUGAAGCCUCUUCUUUGGUGAAAAGUGUGCAGAAACUAUAG